CAAAUUCAUGAUUGGUUAUACAAUCUGAACGGAAAAAGCCAUCUGCGGAGUGCGCGCAUGCGCAUUAAAAGAUUUAUUUGAGCUUCUAUGUUCAUCGAUGCAGGUGGUACUAGUUUUCGUUUGUAUUUUUCUCAAAGCUAGUACUUUGAAGAGCGCUGCAAAUUUGAAACGCGCUCUAAUUCAUGAAUUUAUUGAGUUGUGAGAAAAAAAAGUUUUUUUUUUAAUUGGAAAUAAGUCAUGUCUCAUUUAUUUUCUGCUGAGAACUUAGAUAGGGAUUUUUUAUCAAAGAGUUUGGGAGGACUUAACAGUUCUCGUGGUCCACCGUCACUGCUGCACAAUGGAUCUAUGUCUCAUAGCAAUCUUGCAUCUCAGGUUUCAAACAUGUUUGACAACAUGGACGACUCCCAUUUAUUGGGAUCUCAAAUAGACUCAAUGUCAAAAUAUUUGCCAAAACAAAGCGGUGGUUCAAAGUUACCAAGUGCUUUUCUACAUAGUCUUCAUGCAAAUCAAGACCCUACUCAAUACGAUCCCCACGAUAUCUUAGAUCAAAUAUCAGCUUCUCUUCAACCGAAUGCGAAUGAAAACUCUUAUGAGCAUCAUUCCACAGCAAUAUCAUCGAACACAAACAAUUACUCAACAAGUCAUUUACUGUCUCCAUCUUCAACUUCAUUUUCUACUUCAUUUAACAAUCCAAAUUUUAGCAGUUUCAACAAUUCUUUUGCUGCUGCCGCAGCUGCGGCUGCAGCCGCAGCCGCAGCGGCUCAAGUUGGCCAAGAGGUUGAAUGUACACCACGAGAAUUAGAAUGGUUUGCAGAACGCUUUAAACAAAGACGUAUUAAACUAGGAGUUACUCAAGCGGAUGUUGGUACAGCUCUCGCACACUUAAAACUUCCAGGUGUGGGAUCCUUAAGUCAGUCUACUAUAUGUCGGUUUGAAUCUCUUACGCUAAGCCAUAAUAACAUGAUGGCUCUAAAGCCUGUUUUAUCGGCUUGGUUAGAUGAGGCAGAACGUGCAAACCGUAUGAAAUCUAAAGACAGUGCAUUUUUACCAAAUGCUGAUAAAAAAAGGAAACGCACUUCUAUAGGUGCGGCCGAAAAACGAUCGCUUGAGGCAUACUUUGCAAUGCAACCCAGACCUUCGAGCGAUAAAAUUGCCGCUAUAGCUGAAAAAUUAGACUUAUCUAAAAAUGUUGUCCGCGUUUGGUUUUGUAACCAAAGGCAAAAGAAAAAAAGAAUGAAGUUUUCUGUUCAUUAAAUGUUUUAUAAAAACAAGAUUAAAAAAAACAUAUUAUUAACAUGAUAUGAGAGAAUGCAUUACCUAGUUGUUGCAGACUUACGGCUGAUGGUUUUCAUUGCCUAAUAAUCUAUGAAUAUCAAUCAUAUCAACUUAGAAUUAGAGAUAAAUGUAGAAAUCUUACGACAUGUAGAUGUAUUACAUAAAGUGUAAAUGUGAUAUACAUUUAUAUAUACAUUUAUACAUAUGCGUAUAUAUAUAUAUAUGUGUGUGUAUAUAUAUAUAUAUAUAUUUGUAUAUUAAAUAUGUAUACAUAUAUAUUUCAUAUACAUGUAUAUUCUUAUAUGAAAUAUACACAUACACACAUGAACCCUUGACUUAGAGUAGAUGGAUCUGUAUAAAAAGUAUGUAUAUACGUAUAUAUACAUAUAAAUGAAAUAGAGAUAGUAUUAUACAUAAAUGAAUAUAAGAUGUUUAUAAGAAACUGUAGCUUUUCUUUCUUAUUUUUUAUUGUGCUUGUUAUUUUUUUUAGUCAGCGUAAAUUUUUGUUUUUAUAUUUGUACAUAAAUUGUUUAAUAAAUUUGUAUUGCACUUUCAUUAUUUUUCUGUUUGUAAUUUAAAUCCCUUGUAGUAGUCUCUUUACAUAAUGAUAAGAGUUCUUAGUGA